UUUGACGUUCAUGACGUUUGCGUUUGCGAUUGCGACUCGAUGUCUGCUUCUGUGAUCCGCCUUUACCGUUUCGUAGGUCAUAUGAUUCUGUCAAUCGGUCUCACGCGAAAUUGACAAAUUGUCCGGGUGUGUCAAUUGUCACUCCUGUCAGAGGUUACUGUGCACGUUUCACGCAUACGUAUGCGAGUGAGUGGUGAACGGCAGUUAACAACGCAGGUGCUCCUACGUACUCUGAAAAAAUGUCACUUUUUGGAGUAGGCAAUCCCUUUUCUACACAAGUAGGACAAAAAAUCGAAUCUGCUACAGAUGGUAGUUUACCCAGCGAGAAUUGGACGCUUAACAUGGAGAUAUGUGAUAUUAUAAACGAAACCGAAGAUGGGCCAAAAGACGCUAUUAAAGCUAUCAAACGCAGACUUAAUCAGGCAGCAGGCAAAAAUUAUACCAUAGUCAUGUACACGCUUACAGUAUUGGAGACAUGUGUCAAGAAUUGUGGGAAACGUUUUCACGCUCUUGCUUGUUCAAGAGAGUUUGUGCAAGAUCUAGUUAAAUUAAUUGGUCCCAAAAAUGAACCACCAACGGCAGUUCAAGAGAAAGUUUUAAGUUUAAUCCAAACUUGGGCAGAUACAUUCCGUCAUCAGCCACAUACUCAAGGUGUAGUGCAAGUUUAUCAAGAAUUAAAAGUAAAGGGCAUACAGUUUCCAAUGACUGAUCUGGAUGCUAUGGCACCAAUUAUUACUCCAGAAAGAAGUGUACCUGAAACAGAGCAAAUUCCUGCAAGCCUGACUACAAAUGAGCAGCCUGCGCUUUUGGGAACGCAACAUUUACCUUCUCAAAUUUCACAGUCUAUUGGCCAGUUAACUCAACUGAGCGAACAACAAAUAGCCAAAUUGCAAAGUGAACUUGACGUUGUUCAGGGAAAUAUGCGUGUAUUAUCGGAAAUGUUGGCGUACUUUACCAGUCCAGAUCAAAGUUGUAAACAACAAGUAGAUUCCGCGGAUCUUGAGUUAUUAAACGAACUUCAUUCCACAUGUAAAGCGAUGCAAGAACGUGUAGUCGAUUUGAUCGGUAAAUUGGCCCAUGACGAAAUGACUGCAGAAUUGUUACGUAUUAACGACGAAUUAAACAAUCUGUUUCUUCGUUAUACACGUUACACAAAGAAUAAAAUGCAAGUACCAGCGAGCGCCAUAUUAGCUCAGACAAUUGCACAUCCACCGAAUGCUGACUCAAUAUCAACUCUUACUAAACAAGAAGCGGAAUCACUUAUAGAUUUAUCUGACGAUGUGGAUAAUUUAACAAAACAGAUGAGUGAACUCGAUGCGGCUAAAAGUGUAGAUAAAAACAUAAGACAAAGGGAGAAAAAAGAAGGGGAUGGUGACGAAUUUGACAUGUUUGCACAAUCGCGUAAUGCAACGUAUGAAACAACAAAAAAUAGUGGCAGCAAGUACGAGGAUAAUUUGGAGCAGGUGAGAGGAGGGAGCUUAAGCACGGCAAUUCUCAACCGCAAUAAUCCUAAAUUACCUCAACAGACCACUACUAGUGCUAGUCCGAAUUUGGAAUCUGAAUUCAAUGAAAUGGCAGCCUGGUUAGAUCACACACCUGGAGGGCAAGGUGAUCAAGAAUCCUUAACAUCAUCGGAAUUUGAACGCUUCUUAGCAGAACGUGCAGCUGUGGCUGAAGCUUUACCAACACUCUCUACAGCCACAACUGCCACUUCGAAUUCUUCGACUGCCGGUAACCAGAACAUUCAGCGCCAAAUUAACAAAGAUCAAGACAAAUCUUUAUUCGCUCUUUAAAUACCUUGAAAUUAUGUGUUGCAAAAUGGAAACUUUUGGACUGCUGUACUACUUUAAAUGGCACAUAUCUAUGUGCCAUUUAAAGCAGUCUUUUUUUUCCGAUUAAAUCACGUUCUAGAUAUCGAUAAUUUAAACUUAAAUUUAUAUUUUUAACAUAAAAAACGAAAUAACAUAGAAAUACAAAGUUGAGGGAAAAGAAACAUAUACAUGAAAAAUGCUUUGUGCUUAUACGUACUUAAUAUGAUAACAGAUCCUAUACAAUCACAUGUUUGAGAUAUCAUUUCAGUUAUAAAAUUAUGAUCGUAUACACACAUAAUGUAGAUAAGUUGCUUUAAAGUUGUUCUAUGAACCAUUCUAAUUAUUAUGUAAUAAUAGCAUGCUAAGGAUUAAUUAAUAUUUGUACAUAAGUGCGACACGAUGCGUCCGAAAUACAGAGAUUGUAUCGCAACAGGUUUUAUUACGAUAAAUUUUGCCUCAAAGUCGUGAAUUAAGCGUGCAAUUAGAUGAAAUUUUUGGAUUGAUACAUGGAUAUCUUGACGAAUAUCCAAUUAAAUAAUUGAUCUUAUCUCUACAUAUUAAUAAACUAUUUUUCUAUGUUGAAGUAAAUUUUGUCUCAGCUGUUUGACAUUCUAUACAGAGAUACAUUUUACAGAUUCAUUAUUAUUUUUACUAUUGUAAUUCUUACUAUUGUAGAGAGAAACUUUGUAGAUACUUUACUAUUGUAGCUUAAUAUAAAUUAGUACCAUUAAUUGAUUAUCACUGUUAUCAUUACUACAAAUAUGUGUAAUAAUAUUAUAAAUGAGUAAUAUAUUCUGAAAUUAUUAUGAAUGCAGCAGUAACAUUGGUGAUUAGAGAUUCUUUGACAUCCUAUGUUUACAGCUCUGAGAAAGAAUGAAAAACUGGUUUUUUAGCUUUUUAGCUCUUUAAGAGUUUUAUCGAUUGCUCUAAUAUUUAAUAUUGUAUUUCUUAUCUUAUAUUUGCUUACGUUUUUACUGUAUUUAUGCAAAUAGAUGGCUACAAAAAACAAGUACACCUGCGGUGCCUGUAUUAACUGAACUUACAGUUAAUAAGGAUAAUCUGUACUCUUCACUUACGCAGAGAAUAAAAACUGCAUGACAA